AUUUGUGUGAGCUCUCUCACUCGCUCACAUGCACUUAACUGCUUCAAGUGUAACGCGACUUUCUAAACCACUAUUUGCGCUCGUAAGGACUUUACUCAUUUUCCAGAUUUUGUGGUCUCCGCUGACAGGUUUUCACACCUCCUUUGAACUCUACAGAGCACAUAGAUGCCUCCGUGAUCAACACUGUUUCCAGAAUGUUAAUGGGUUUCUCUAUACGAUCAUUGAAGGCUGUGUAACCUCUUAAUGAGUGAGCUUAAGCUAUCGCUCAUUAAGUUCCACUCUACAUAAAGCGACAAAAGCACUCCGUCCUCGGAUGUCCUUGGAAAAAAAUCUUCUCUUUUUUUCUGGAGGUCUCAGCUUGAAAAGGGGAACCUCAGGAUUACAAGCUCUGGGGGAUUGUAUGGGACAGCUUGCAUGUGUGCGUGUAUGAGAGAAGAUUGAGUCCCUGUUUUGCCGGCUUGAGCAUUGACUUUACCAACUGCACUCACUCUGGUGGGUCACUCUUCAGACUGAUGUGGAAUGUGACUUCUGGUGACCCCCUUCAACAAGUCUUCUUUCAGUGAGCAGCACUGGGAAGAGCAAGGAUAAAAGACAGGAGGUGACACAAAAAAAGAGUGAGCAACAACAGCAGGAGCAGAUCACACGAGUCAGGACAAAAGGAACGUGCAAGAAAAUCGUUAACACAAAAGACUUUUCUGUGGAGCUGGAAGUUUGGAAACACCAAGGGGUACGGACCAUUAGCCUCUGUUUCACCCUUUUUUGAAUUGCUCCCUUUAUCACAUUCACUGAUCUAAACCCAUCAUGCCUGUGGAGACCCUUCAUCCCUCAGAUGGUCGUCUGGCUGGAAAGCCUUUUACCUCAGCCAUGCCGCUCCGUAUCCUAAACAAGGGCCCAGACUAUUUCCGCAGGGUUCUUGAGCCUGGUGUACGCAAGCUGAGCGCUGUCGAGCGUCUUGAGGCCGAUAAGGCCAAGUACGUGAAGAGCCAGCAGGUGGCUCUCACCAGGCAGGAGCCCAUCAAGCCCCCAGUCAUUCGCAAGCCACUGAUGUCUCCGGCUAUGAUGCUGCACACACCGCCGGCCAGGAAAGUCCCCCGCAGACCCUCAGACACCGAAAACGGGGGACAGGGGCCAUGCAGGGCAACACCGCUCAACCUGGAUGUCCUUAACAAUCUUAUAAACAUCUCUGAUGGGCCCCAACCCUCAUCCCCUGCUCCUAACUCUCCCUCUCCCUCAGCCAUGUCUGGGCAGUCAGCAGAACCUCAGCAGAGUUGUGGCUUUAAUGGGCAUGUUCUGUUGAAGCCUGUUUCUUCCUGCACUUCCUCUUCUCUCAACAGUCACCUCCAGCCGCCUUCUCUUGCUUCUCCUACUCCUGAGCCGAGCCACAGACCUCCACCUGUGCCAGCCCGAGUUUCUAGACUCCCGGCACAGGGCAAGUACAGCAGCCCAAACCCUGUGACAGUGCGGCGGGUCGAUGUGCGGCCACAAGCGGAGAUCAGGAAGCCCCAGAGGAUGCCUCUACAGCCUCAGUCCAAACCUCUACAGCUGCCGCCUAAACCCAGACAGACACCACAGCCCCAGGCCCCACCCCCACACACACCAUCCUUUAAAUCCCCAUCUCUUCCCUCACACUCUCCAUCGCCCCCCUGCCUACCCUCCAGCCCCCUGUUGCUUCGAGCAGGCAUGUUACCCCCAGCCUCACCAGCCUGCACCCGCUUAUCCUCUGCAAGCUCACGGGGCUCAACACGGAGACGCCCCUCACUUCACCGCUCCAAAUCAGACCUGAGCGACCGGUAUGCGCGUGCCAACGCUGACCUAGAGCGCUUCUUCAAUUACUGUGGCUUAGAACCAAGCGAAUUGGAGGGUAUGGGCAUGGAGCAUUUUGGACGUGCCAAUUCUGAUAUCGUCUCUAUUUCAAAGCUCCGCAGCGUCAGCACACCCAGCUCCGAGUGUGGAGAUGAAGGCCAUGCUUACAGGGAGGAGGAUGAUGAUGAAGACGACGAUGGCCCUCCAAGGCCCAGUGAACGUGCUCCCUACGGCAUCUCGGUCAUCGAGAGGAACGCACGUGUCAUCAAGUGGCUCUACGGGAUCAGACAGGCUCGGGACUCUCAAAUUGUUUCCAAUGUAUAGGUGCCUCACUGAAACACCAAAACACUGGUGAGAAGGAAAAUAAUGGGGACAGAUCCAGAUCAAACAUGCCCCAGUUUAAUGAUGUCUUUUUACAUGCAAUAUAUUUAUUAUGUUUUUUGAGACUCUUGAAGAAGAUGUUUUGUGUUGUAUAUUUGUGAUCAGUAUGGCGUAUUCUUUAUUUGCCUUACAGUAAGCUCAAGGAUAUUGGUUACUAUACAUUUCGUUUGUGUUACAUCAUUAUAGAUAUUUUGUCAUCGCAGCCUUUUUUUGUUGUUGUUUCUUUUGGCAAUGUAAUUUGGGCUGUAAUGAUUUACCUCAAAGGGACAGAAGACUGGAGCAAGCUUUAGCUUCUCUGCACAUUGACUUAGAAAGUGAAAGUCAUUUAAAGCAAUAAUUAAAGUACUGGAUACUAAGAGCCAUGAGUGUGACUGAAUGGAUGAUGACAUUUGUGAUGAACACAGCAAUAGGCCAGCUAUAAUGUUGAUAAUCAGGUACUUAGUCCUUAUAUCAUAUUUAGUAUGUUUUUAAAAAAAAAUCAAAUAUGCAUUGAUAUGGGAACUGUGGCUUCCAAUAUGCCAAGAGAAGAAUAGUAAGGGCUUAGUUAUGAUAAACCAGGUACAGUUCGAGGAAGUGAGUGCAGCUUUCUGAGAGGCUGCAGUCCCCCAGUCACAGAUAGAAAGGUUGAAGUACACCACAUCUUGGACUAGGAGGCAAGGUCUAGUCCGCCUACAUUACAUUAAGAUGUACACACACACACACACACACACACACACACACACACACACUGAUACACAUAGAUGCAUGCACUCAAAGGAACAUUACAAGGUCACUGUGCAAGAGUUGUUCUGUCAGCGUCAAGUGUGAAUGUGUCGAAGAAACAAAACAAGUGUGUGGAGAUAUGGCACUAGUGAAGCGCAAGUCUCUGAUACUGUGAAGGAACUCCGAGCAGCUUUCAACGUCUUUUAAAACAUGGCUGUGAUUUUCGUCAGCAUGUAAGAGCUUCCGUUAGCAUGCAUGCUUUUAUGUACAGGUGAUAUACAAAGCACAGAUGCAAGCGAAAAACAUUCCAGCAUUAAUGUUCAAAAACUGAGUUUUGUGGUUUGAUUUUAUUCUGUUUUAUUUUCCGUGUUCACGCAGCAUUAUUUCUUCCUGUCCAGGUUUAUAUCAUUUGGGAAAGAACGUUGUCAUGUGUCAGAUGGAUGCAGGAGGUUGAUGGGAAAUAGCCUGAGAGAGCAGGAGUCAGUUUGUCAGAACUCUCAGAUAUAACAACAUGCUCGCAUCUCUUUUCUGCAGAGAUGAAUGGUUGAAACAGAAAUGUUACUUGUAGUAAUGCAAAAUGACUUGAUCUGUGGACAGAGCUGUUUUUCACUUUUUCCAGUUUUUUCAUUUCAGUUUUUCACCAACAGUCUGAUGUUACAACACAGCAAGCAUUCAGGGUUUGCUUGCUUUUUUAGUGUGCAGUUUAACAUUUGUACAUGCAUAUUUUCAAAAGUGAAAGACUUACACACAUGCUAAUAAUACCUGUGUAGAAAUCACGUCAAUAAAUAUGCUUAUGUUCUCUGGGCAAUGAAUUGUGACCAGGGUUGUGUGGUCAGCCUACUAGUGCUUUCAGCACUGACUCAUUAAAGACUGAAUUUCUGAUGUCUUCUAAUGAUGCUAAUAAACAGAAAAUGUUUUGGAAGAA